GGCAAGACGCAUCAUUCACCCAAGUUUAGUCAAAAUUGCAUUUGACAAACGUACGGAAACAUAUCCACAGUCCCCUCCCCGAUUUCAUUGUGGGGGACAACCAGACAUGUAUGCACUAGUCUAAUUUCAAUCUGACUUCGGUUAGAGGGUCAAAUGACGUUAUGGGUUGUUUUUCCAGACCUGGUCGUCUGGGUGGACUGAGACGCCACUUUUUUGACCCCCAUCACCUCAUCACCAAGGCGACGGGGUUUGUUUGGGCUUGGUGAGGCUCCUCCACUUCCUCUCCCACUCCCCUCUGGGCUCCGUGGCUCUGUUGGACUUCCAACCCCGUCAGUUCGUCAUGGUGUCUGGGGAGCUGAAACUAACAGACCUAGACGAUGCUAGCGUGACAGAGCACACCUGUCAGACAGACCAGGACUGUCUUACAGUUCCCCCUCCGUAACUUCAGCCAGCCCUGCUUGGCCCUGGGAGUAUGUGAGGGCCUUAAUGCGAUGAGGAAUCUCUACAAUGUCUACAGGUAUUUCUUCACCUACCUGUUGCCUCACCAAGCCCCAGCUGCUCUGAGACAUCUGGUGGAUCACAUCAUGAACUCAACGGGAGAGAUGAAAGGUGAUGUGGAUGACACGUUGGAAGCCUUUGAAGACUUGCUCCAUCUGUACAAGUCCGGCAUUCACCUGGACAACAUUCCUCCAUCAUUAAUCAGAGAUUAUGCAGUCAUGAGAGGUAUCAGCACCUCUGGAAAUAUGGAAUCCAGAUGCUGGCCCUCGUACAGCCACCUGCACAGCGCCAUGGAGGCGGCCUUCAUCUGUAACUCCCUUCCUCAGUGCACUAGCUUCAGCCUGAACAACCAGAGGACGUGGCCAGGCCGGCUCCUUACCUCACUCCGAAGCGCUUUCAGCUCUCUGGUUCCAGAUGUGAACUCGGAGGUGUAUUUGAAAAAGACCAAAGCCUCACCGGGAACUACGGUAUGAGGAGUGAGACAACGGGAGUUGGGAAAAUGGAGGGGGGGGAGGUUGUUUUUGAAGAAAAUAAAUGAAUGUGAUAUAUUUUAUAGCGCUUUUUCUCAGUGGCUGGUUUGAUCUGGCUGCCAGAUUUUCCCUUCAGGUAUAAUUAUGAAAAAAUUGUGCCCUCUCUGUUCCCACCUCCGCCUUGUGUGUUGUGUUUGCGAGGCUACAUGGAGCCAAUGGUAGGACUCCAAGCCCCUCUCUGGGGGGGGGGGGGGGMGAAAKAAACUCUUAUACAAAUACACUUUGAUGAUAAUGCACCUUGUGGCUUUCCGUAGGAAUACAGGUUUGUGCGUCGAGGGCUGCGCAUGGUAUGAAGCAUAUAGGUGCUCACAUCACAGCAGUCGACCUAGAUGAUCACAACCACUUCGUUCCCUCGUAAUGGUCUUUGAUUUGAAUGCCAAGUUAAGUUAAUACCAUAUGCUAAAAUGGAAUUAUCAUUGCAUUGUUUGUGUUUUAUUUUGUACACCUUGUGGGUGUGAACCUGUUUAACUUUUUUCAAUGAAAGAGGUUCUGUUCAAUGAUUACUUGCUGUUCUGGACUUUUUUUUUUUAUAUAUAUAUUUUUUUAACCCCCUAUU